AUGUCCGACUGCACCACCCAAGGCGACGGCGAUCUCUACGGCCUGGGCGUUCGACUCGGUCUCUACCUGCAGUGGAUCGCAGGGCUUCUUCUCCGAAACUGCAACGGCUCCUGGGAGACCAUCUCGGCCGUGCGCAUCGCCAACAACGUGCUGUGUUUCUCCCUAAUCCUGACCCUGGUCAUAUACACAGCGGAAGGGUCCACCCUCUCGGUCGACUAUCUCAUAGUCUACUAUCUCACCAUCGCCCUCUUCUACUCCGAAUCCUACAACCUGUUAGAAAAAGGCGAAUCGUCCUCAACUAGCACCUGGACAGGGUAUAUCCUCCGCCCAGACGUGCCUCUCAUCGCACAGAACCUGCUCUUCGCGUUCACCAGCUUCUUCGGCGCCUGGUUCUGGCUGACGGGGCUCCAUAGAGCCUCAGCGCCCACUUGUAUCGCGCAAGGCGCUCUCUUCGGAGCCUUUGAACUAAAUGACACAACCUGGCGACCGUUCGCGACAACAAUGGCCAUAGUCACAGGACUGAUAUUCACCUUCUUUUUCAUCGCACACACCGUGGAGUUACUCACAGGGACGGAAAAAGGCCCCGUGGCGCGCGCAUUCGGUAACGCGGGCGUGAUCGUGGCGGAGGCGUUCUUCGUCGGUUCCGGAUCGCGAUAUAAGACGAAGAAACGGCAUUCGGGCCUGCGAUCACUCCUCCGGCCCCGGCUAGUGGCACCCUGGAACCGAAGGACCUACAUGGAGCGGACAUGUCUUGGGUUUUCGCUGAAGGCGGUGCAUUGGGUUCUGAUUAACCUGGCCGGACCGUUGGUAGCGAUCAUUUCGGCAGAAAAGAUGCUAAGGGCGAAUCAGUUGGAGAUGGAUGGGAUUACGGAAUCCACGGGACAGAUGAUCGCGUUGAUCACGGGGAUUAGCAGUACUUGUAUUGCGCUGACGCAGGUGAUCAAGGGUGCUUUUGGUGGGAAGGCGGAUAGUAUGGAGGAUAUUGUGUUGAGGGAUGUGUAUCGCAGGACGCAAAUCUCGGAGAAGUCUUUGACGGGGCUUGAUGCUCGGGCUGAAGAUGAUUCCACCUUUCGAAUCCUAGUUGGCACUGAGGAAGAACAGUAUUCACCGCGGGUGCUGAACACUUACGCGCCCAAGCUGCCGAAAUCGUUGCUGGAGACUGCGAAUGUCGUCCCGACACGCCAGAAAGAUAUUCGUCUGAUCGACGCAGUAAAGCAGAAUCAGGACAAAAUAACAGAAGAUCUGCUAUCAGAAGGGAUCGACCCUAACCUUCGCGAUCAAGAAGGUCGAACAGCAUUGCAUUGGGCCGUGAUUCAAUCCCAGAUAUCAACCGUGGGGCUUCUUUGCUCCUGCAGCGAGACCGAAGUAAACUGCAGGGACAUUCAAUACGGAAGAACGCCGCUGGCAUGGGCUGCUGCCGGUGGAAACACAGCCAUAACCCGAGCUCUCCUCUUGAGAGACGAGACCGACGUGAAUUCAGAAGAUCGAUACCGACAGACACCACUGACCGAGGCAGUCCGGAAAGGCAACACCGCGAUCGCGGAGCUGCUCCUCUCGACAAAAGGCAUGAAUCCAGAGCCUUUCGACAGAGAAAACCGUACUCCGCUGUUCUGGGCAGCUAAGAGCGGAAACGAGGCAAUGGCAAGGCUGCUGAUUGAGAGAAACCCCGAUCCAAACGCCCGAGAUCGCCUAGGUCACACACCACUCUUCUGGGCUGCACGGUCGGGACAGACAGAAAUGGUGCAGUUUUUGAUCAGUCGACAGGCCAGAACCGACCCGAAGGAUAUUUUCGAUCAGACUCCUCUUUUCUGGGCAGCGAAGAACGGACACGUAGCCGUUGUCGACUGUCUACUCCGACACGACGCGGCUGAUCUAAAUGGCAUGGACAAGUAUACGCGCACACCUCUCUGCUGGGCCUCGAUGUAUGGUCAUGCAGCCGUAGUAGACCUCCUGCUGAAACGGCCGACUGUCGACCGAAAUCCAAGAGACAUGGACGGCCGUACGCCGCUCAUCUGGGCUGGCACCAAUGGCCACGAGGCUGUCAUCGAGCGUCUGCUCAAAGAAACGGGCGAUGCUGAUUUUGAGGAUUUGGAGACCAGAGACGAGUACGGACAGACAGCCUUGUCGAUGGCUAUGCAACGGGGCCACCAGGAGGCAGUGUAUGCGCUUCUGCGACCUUUUGAUCUUUUGAUUUGA